CUUUGUUUAAAGUUUCAAAUAUAAAUUCACUCAACUCACUUUGCUUUUACAGUUCGUUAAAGAACCUGAAUAUUUUUUCAAAGCAUUUUAACUCCUUAUUUAAACUUAAGAAACUUAAUAUCCUUUAAAAAUCAUGUUGGACUUCUACUACAUGCUCUACUCGGCUCCCUGCCGUUCAAUCCUGAUGACUGCCCAGGCCUUGGGCCUCGAGUUGAACAAGAAGAAGGUGGAUUUGGAUGCCGGGGAUCACCUGAAGCCGGACUUUGUGAAGAUCAAUCCCCAGCACACCAUUCCCACUCUGGUGGAUGGUGACUUUGCCAUUUGGGAGUCGAGAGCCAUUCUGCUCUAUCUGGCAGAGAAGUACGACAAGGAUGGCUUGGUCUAUCCCAAGGAUCCCCAGCAGAGGGCCGUGGUCAACCAGCGCCUGUUCUUCGAUCUGGGAACGCUGUACCAGAGCUAUGUGUACUACUAUUACCCCCAGUUAUUUGAGGAUGUGAAGAAACCGGCCGAUCCUGAUAACUUGAAGAGGAUUGAUGCAGCCUUUGCCAUGUUCGACACCCUCCUGGAGGGUCAGCAGUACGCCGCCCUGGGGAAGCUGACCCUGGCAGACUUUGCCCUGCUGGCCACCGUGUCCACCUUCGAGAUAUCGGAAUAUGACUUUGGAAAGUAUCCGAAUGUGGUCAGGUGGUACGAUAAUGCGAAGAAGGUCGUGCCCGGCUGGGAGGAGAACUGGGAGGGUUGUGUGUACUACAAGAACCUGUAUCUGGGUGGAAUUUUGAACAAACAAUGACUUGCAUCUGUUACUCAGCAAAAAACAAAAAUAUGUUAGACUAAUACGAAUUUCAUAAACUGAUAUCGAAUAAAGAGUGCCUCAAUCUCAAA